GUUUCAGAUUUUCAGCUGAGCAUGAUAGCCUUGCAUUAUUGCACACCAUGGCCCUGUCAGACUAAGGCCACAGCUGCUACAGCCAUUUGAAGGAGCUUCGUAUCGACGUAUGAGAAGGAGGUUACAGUCGUUCGUGAUUGUGAACCUGACUUAUCAUUUUCCUGCAAUACCCUGUAGGGUUGAGAUAUGCUUUCAAGCUGGAUAACUUGCAUCAAGCAAGAAUCUCCGAAGGGAAAUGCAUCUUCUUACGAGGAACAACAUGAAUACGGGUGCUAAUAGAAGUAGCAGGCCCGGUAGAAGAAUACGAGCGCCAACAUAAGCAGCAGGCUUAAAAUAUGCUUGCUGCAAGGUACCAGCGUAUCCGUACAACAGCCAUGUUGAUGCCAUGCGAAUUUCCGUAUGCCUUCUCAUAUCAUUAUACACUCGAUGAUAUUCUGCUCAAUAUACAUACAGUGCUUUCCGUCUUGUCGCUCGUUACUGAUCUCUCGGCGACCGAGCCAGUUCAACUUCAACCCAUCACUGUUCAUGAUAUUACGGGGCGACCACCUCUGCCUAUCAAUAGGAAGAGGAAGUAUGAUGGCGAGACUACGGAUCUUGAUCUACGCAAUCAGGAGAACUUCUUCUGGGGCGCUAAUGGUGCCCAGAGCUUUGUCUUCGCGAACCUAACGCUAUACUUCCCAGAGGAAUUCGAGUUUGUUUUAUCGAUGGAACGUUUUCGGAGUUUGCUCAAGUCGGUGGACUGCGACAAGAGCAUGUCUCUUACAUUCUACGAUAAUUCGACAUUCGCCUACGCUACGAAAGCUUGGGAAUGGGUUAAUGACUUCAAAGAGCGUCAAUUUGUGAUCAUUGCUGAUGACAAAAGAUGCGCGCCAGAAGAGCAGAGGCAACCUUGGGUGGUGUCCGAAGUCCAUUUCGACUACAAGAACUUCAAGAUUUUCAUGACGGCGGAGCAAAGGGGCUGGGAGGAGAUAGCCAGUACCUAUUCUCUCAGUGUUGGACACAAACCCCUGGAAGAUCAUCGCCUUGACAUCAGAGAUGAACCAGACCUGGAGAUUGGACUGAGGUCGGAUUUUAGCCGUCAAUUGUUCAGUACAACCAUAUCAGGAAUAGAUCUUGCAGUCGAUUGUUCGAAUUGUGGUACAACAGGAAGUCUAGAUGUAGACUUCGAUGUGGAUGUUAGUUGGUUCAAACUUCAAUCUGCAUCGAUGACUCUCCAGCCAAGGGACGUCGCAGCGUUCCUUGAACUCGGGCUCUCCGCGCAAGGGACCCUGGGCCAACCUUACAGCUGGCAGAAGAACCUAGUCUCCAUUCCAAUCCAAGGGUUCUCGAUCGCAAAGAUCUUGAAAGUUGGUGCCUUCUUAGACGUGGACGUCGGAUUUGAGCUUGGGGAAUGGACUGGCUCCGCACAGGCGUCACUCGGAGCACGCCUAGACCUUUCAAAUGCUGCCGUCGUGAAAGUAGAUCUCGUGAACUCAAACAAGAACCAGUUCUCCGGCUGGAACCCUGUUCUAAAACCGAUCCCACUCACGACCGAUGCAAAAGUUGAAGGGUCCAGCGAAGUUUAUGCACAAGUCGGAGUCGAGCUCAGCGCAUCAGCACUCGGUAAAGGCUUUGAGGUCUCCCUUGAAAUGAAGAUGCCCUACAUCGAAGCCGAUUUUGCCGCUAUGAUCUCCACCGCCGGUGUAUGUGGAGGAGACCAAACGCUGGGCGUCGAUGUAGACGCACAAGUUGGCGUAGAUCUUUCGAUACAGGCUGCAACAUCAGGAAAUGAAGCUGAUCCGUUCUGGGAGCAAAGUCUCUUCCAGCAAAGUUGGCCUCUGCCCUCCAACUGUAUCGCCUUUGGUCCCCACAAUGCUGUGGAAGGCGGAGACGGAGGCGGAGGUGCGUCGCGACCGAAGAAGACGAAGACAAAAUCAAAGGCGAAGACUCCCAGUCCAACCGCAAGACCAACGAGGCAUCAUACGACUACGUUGCCACCGAAAGUCUUGACGGUGCUUGAACCGAGUUCGCGACAUCAGACUUCGAAGACAUCGAGGCCUACCAAGACCAUACCGGAAAGCUCUUCUCUAUCUAGAAGCUCGAGUGGUCUGAGUCCUAGUCAGACGAGAGUAUCGUCUGAUAGGGAUGUUAUCACGAAAUCAGAUAUGACUUUGAUGUCAGACACUGCUUCAAAUAUAGAAGAGUCUCCGAUCAGUCGUAGGCUUACCUCUUCGACCGACCCUCGAAUAACUCCAAAGACAGACUCAUCAUUAGCUUCCUCGACAAUAGAAACAGGGUCUAGAUCUGUUACACUCCACGACACCUCGUCAAUCAUGUCGAGCUUUCCAAUGAGCAGUGUUGGCUCUCAGAGCAACAUCCCUCUUACAUCUUCCUCGAGUGAACCCUCGAUGACUAUUCCAACGUCUGACAGGUCUUCGGAAUUUCUCACAAGCAUAAUUACGCCAUCUGCAAGUCUUCCGAGCAGAACAUCGACGUUACAGACAGUUACGACUACCUCUUCACCAGAUGCAUGUCCUGUUACGGGAUGUGCAACGUGUAUCGAAGUGGAUCCUAUGGACGCCACUGGAGACUUGAGUUCCAACAUACCUGAGAAACGAGAGCUGUACUGGAAGCGGGCUGGCGGUCGAGAAUACGAGAUAAAAUGCUCUGCUGACGUUGCUGCUACUAGAACGAUGACCUUGGACAAGUAUUACGCGCCUUCGGUGAUUCGUGCACAAGCCAAUCCAAGCAUUACUGAGUGGUUUUCUGCCAAAGCCACGGAUGACUGCACCGAUUAUAAGGUCGCACAUGCUAUGGUGGCUCCUCCUAAGGACCCUGGAGCUGCCGAAAUGUUCAACACGGAGCAUAUCUAUGAGGGAAACUGGCUGAGAGAGUUUAUCACCAGUCUCCAAGACGUAAUGACAUGUACAGACAUACAGGACGUGUUCUUUGACGUUACGCCGACCGCACCGUUUCAAUCUGCCAAUUGGGCGCAGGCGUUGAUGUCUAGUAUUGGCACCGAGACGAAUGCAGACUUCAUGGUGAUGCUAACGAACACACUUAAUGGAGCAAAGGCCUUGGUAUUCAACGACGACCUGUCUAAAGGCAUCAUUGCAGAUAGGAAGUUGACAAGUAGAGACACAGUCAAAUACCCACCUGAAUGGAAGCUGGGCGCCAUUGCCAACCUCGGUCGCGUCCAGGAGUACAUGGCAGACGACUCGCAAAGGACCAAGAUGAAAGCAACAGCCGAUAGUAUUGAAAAGACGUUGCGAGACAUGGUCAGCAACUUACCACAGGCCAAACUCGAGCUUAUGGGCAAAUACAAAGACGCGGAGACUCUGGCCAAGGCGCAUCGUACAUGGCUUCAGAGACAUAUUCUGAAAGGUAACAUCAAAGCCAUCACAGGGAUGAUACAUGCAGCGAAGUUGGUAGCCCCCAGCUUCUCAUCGUCGGAUCCUACGUCGACGUUUCUGCAAGAGAUGGCAACGGCCGGCCUGCAUAUUCCCCCUGGUAUGAAUCCAGACGAGCUCUAGUCGACUCGGCCCGAUAGAUGAGAGAGAUGGACAGAAAGGGCGGAAGCUGCAGAGAUGGAGUGAUAUAAAUGGACGGUGUGGUGGCGUAGGAAGAGGGUUCAGUAUGUAGGAUGCAUUGUCUACGCAGGCUGUGUAUGCAGCAUGCCGUCUGUGUUGCAGGUGAUGACGGCUCGAGACACCCAUGGGAGUGGGUUUCAGGGUAAAAGGCUGUGUAAGUGGCCGAAGUGUAUAUAUAUGCAAGUGAGCGGUUGUUGGCCAGUUGACGAGAGUCUUAAGCGCCGUACCAGACUACCAGGGAUGGUCGAGUAUGUACUACUGUUGCUAGAAGCCACAAUAGAGACACCCGCUCCACCAAUCACAGCUCGGGCCUUUGUCUCGGCGUGGGAUCG